GGUUGUUGAUGUAUGUGUCAGAAGUCAGGCGGUGAGCGCAGACAGCAGCUAGCAGGUAACAAUGCAGUUCCUGGGCAAGCUGUUGGACACCGUCUCCUCGGUGUCAACCCUCUUCACCAACCCUUACCGGGUCAGAGAUGUGCCGCUGUCUGACUACGGAGGAGGAGGCAAAGUCCUGCUGAAAGAAGAGGGACGCAUGGUCCUGUACAAAAACACACAGUGUCAGUCAUGGGACUGUCUGCUUAUGUGUCCCGAGACACCGACUGUGGUUCUGAGACUCUUUCAGGUGGUGUCAGAGGAGGAUGCCAUGAACUGGUUCCCGCAGUACGCACUCAAACUCCGACCCUUCUAUGAGACCCUUCCUCUGAAGGCCGAGACUGCACAGCCGAUCGUGGACUGCAUCCGCAGCCACCCGGACUGGAGCUCCGCCCAUAUCGCCGUGGAGACAGGCCUCAGAGAGUGUCUCAAACAUAACUAUGUCCAGAGUCAGAUCAACUCUCGGGAUGCAUCCGGCCAGACGCCGCUGCAUCUGGCAUGUGAGCGAGGUGACUUGCCCUGUGUGAAGGAGCUGCUGGAGGAAAGCCAGGCCCGCACCGACAUCAAAGACCGCAACGGAGAGACGCCCAUGCACAGCGCCUCCAAACAGGACUCUCCUGUCAUCAUCCAGGUCCUGUGCUCGCGGCUGUGCUCGGGGGUGAAUGAGCUGAACAACAACGGGGAGACGCCGCUCCACGUGGCCUGCCGUUUGGGCCGCGUGGAGUCCGUCAAAGCCCUGUUGGGGGGUGGAGCCAAGUGUGAUGUCAUUGGCGGGACGGGCUACCCCAUUCACAUGGCCAUGAAAUACAGCGAGAAGGGCUGUGUGGAGGAGAUCCUCAAAGCAGAUGCCGGACAGCUCCAUGCUGAGGACUCUUUGUAUGGAGGGACGCCUCUCCACUGGUCCAAAACCGCUGAGAUGUGUCGUCUGCUGCUGGAGCAUGGCUGUGCGGUGAACUACCUCAGUAAGACCGGAGAGAGCGCCCUCCACAUUUUGACCAAGAGGGGGCGCUUUGAGGCGGCCAUGGUGCUGCUCACCCACGGGGCGAAUGCCAACCUGAAGGGUCAGGACGGGAACACAGCCCUCCACCUAGCGAUGAAGAUGGACCACAUAGAGUUGAUCAAAGCUCUGAUUGUGUUUGGAGCUGAUGUGGAGAUCCACAACGACCUGGGAGAAACACCUGGACUCAUCGCUGCCCGCACCAGCAAAGGUCCUAAUAGAAAGAUACUGCUGGACAUGCUGUGUAGUGUAGGAGUGCAGCGUUGCCUCCCUCCCUCCCCUGGCAGUCCUCCUCCCGUCUUCAACAAGGCCAAGCCUGAAGGCAUAGGGUUUCAGGACAUCAUGUAUGUGGGCGCUGCAAUGAGUGCAAUGAGCAAAGGCACGUCUGAAGUGGAUGGCCACAAAAUGGAGAAAAAGAAGAUGGACCGACUGCUGUGCCUGGACGGUGGAGGUAUCAAAGGCCUGGUGCUGAUCCAGAUGUUGAUCGCUCUGGAGAGAGAGGCCGGCAGACCCACCAGAGAGCUCUUCGACUGGGUCGCUGGCACGAGCACUGGGGGCAUCUUGGCCCUCGCUAUAAUCCACGGUAAGUCCAUGGAGUACUUGCGCUGCCUGUACUUUAGGAUGAAGGAGCAGGUGUUCAAAGGGUCGAGACCCUACGAAUCGGCGCCGCUGGAGGACUUCUUGAAGAAAGAAUUCGGAGAGAACACCAAAAUGACAGACGUCCAAUUCCCCAGGGUGAUGGUGACCAGUGUUCUGGCAGACAGACAUCCAGGCGAGCUGCACAUCUUCAGGAACUACGACCCUCCGUCCGUCCACAGAGAGCCCCCGUACGCCACCACUGCCACGUUCAAGCCCCUCACCACCCCACAAGAACAGCUUGUGUGGAGAGCUGCCCGCUCCAGCGGCGCUGCUCCUACCUACUUCCGACCAAUGGGCCGCUUUCUGGAUGGAGGGCUGCUGGCCAAUAACCCGACACUCGACGCCAUGUCAGAAAUCCAUCAGUACAACAAGGCCUUAAAAGCAGAGUCUCACGAGGAGAACAUCAAGAAGUUGGGCAUAGUGGUCUCCCUUGGUACAGGUAAACCUCCUCAGGUGGUGGUGAGCUCUGUGGAUGUUUUCCGGCCCUCCAACCCGCUGGAGCUGGCCAAGAGUUUUGUAGGAGCGAAGGAGCUGGGCAAAAUGCUUGUGGACUGCUGUACAGACUCGGAUGGCUGUGCCGUGGACAGGGCCAGAGCCUGGUGUGAAAUGAUCGACACCAUCUACCACAGACUGAGUCCCCAGCUCUCUCAGGAGGUGAUGCUGGACGAGGUGAGCGAUGCGGUGCUGGUGGACAUGCUGUGGGAAACCCAGAUGUACCUGUAUGAGAAGAGGGAUAUCCUCCAGUCUCUGGCAAAGCUUCUACUGGACAACUGAAAGCACCAGAAAACCACAAGGAGGCUGGUGAGGAGUCCAAAGUGUUUGGACCAGGGCACAAAGAUUAGAGAACCGUGUGUCUGGUUGGAGGCUCUCAUGUCUGCGCUCUGUUGAAACACCGACACUGACUCGAUCACACUGGCUUCCAUAUUUACACUGACAGUUGUGUAACCAGUAGCAGUAACUGGAAACUGACACGCGAAACCACUGACUUACUUUAACUUAUUGAAAGGCAAAUAAUGUAGCGUCAUGUGACCUUAUCAUGUUUCUUUUUUUUUUUUUUUUUCAAGCUUACUGUUUGUAUAUAAAACCACUGAAGGAGAGAUGGUAGAGUCUUCCCCCUCUCCGCUCUGUGAAUACAGGGGAAGUAUAGAAGGAAGUAGUAUGAACUGAAUUCAUCAAGAAACUGACUGUGACGGUGUUAUCCUCCCCCUCUCUGCACUGUGUUGGGAAACAGAAACUUAUUUCUCCUUUACUGGUUCCUCUUUUUCCACCCAAACGGCCACAAAGACGUUCGAGCUUCACACAGUUUCCCAAAAACCACACGAUUGAAGGGAUCCUGCAAUAAAACCCAGAGAAAACCUGCGUUAAACUGUAGCUCCACUGAUGGUGGUGGUGAUGAACCAGUUCUGCCUUACGUGUCUGGGGACCGUAUUUGUACCAUUUUCCUUUCUUCUUGCCACAACACGUCACAUUUUCAUGCCUUUGCAGGUUAUUUAUACUGACUUUAACCCCCAUGUUCAGCCUCACACCUGUUAAUAACUUGGUUUCUCACUGUACACUGUAAAAACCUCUCAGUCUGCUGUACAAGUGUUUCGAGUGCAUAUUUAUCUUGUAACUGUGGUGGAACAUAGACUUGAAUCAUAAAGUUACUUGAGGGACAAAGGAAAAGCGGACCUGCUGCUACUUCCACAAACCUAACAGGAGGCAACAAAUGAUUUUCUCUGUUUUUGUAUCUGGAUUAAUUAUUGAAGUGUGUACUAGUAUGGUAAUAAAAUACGUUAAUACUGA